AUGAAUACGUAUCGUGCCCUCAUCCGCGUCGCUGCUCGCCAGCAUGCAGCUCGACCGACUACACGAGCUCUCUCCUCCACAUCACAAUUCAGAUCAAAGGAGCAAGAGGGCAGAAUACAUCCCAAUGCAGACGGAUACAGAGAGGAUCAGAAGUCCAAACCCGAGAAUCCACACAUGACCAACACAAACUCGACCUUCCACAAUGACAUGCCCAAGAUCGGCAAAGACAAGCCACCUCCAGAAUUCAUCUCCUCCGCCGACCCCGACUAUAUCCCUACAGACAAGCACCCCGAGAACACAGAGCGAAUGACUGGAGGGCAACAGCCCGGCGAGGGCAACGCUAGUAACGUAAGCCCCUCAUCAGAUCUUGGUGUUGGCGAGAUGGAGGGAGCGUCGUUCCGCAUCGAGCCUCUCCGUCGCGUCGGAGAGGACAUCAGCACUAUGAGGGCCAGAUUACUAUAUCAAAGCAGGAAGCGAGGGACACUAGAGUCCGAUCUGCUUUUCUCGACAUUCGCUAACGAAAACUUAUCCAAAAUGACGCGGGCGCAACUGGAGGAGUACGAUUUAUUUCUUGAUGAGAACGACUGGGAUCUUUACUACUGGGCUACGCAAUCACCUGCAAAUACGCCGACGACACUUGAGACUGCAGAGGGGAGCGUGAGCGAUACACCGCAUCAAACGACGACUGAGUAUCUGUCCCCAGCUGCGCCUGGACAGGCGCAGGAGACGGAUGGCUGGAGGCAAGGAGGGUUUCCUGUAGCUCCCAAGUCGGGGGAAUGGUCUCAAACAGUUGGUCGGCAAAAGGUUGCAUAUCGCCCAGUCCCUGCUAGAUGGCAGAACAGCGAGAUUUUGAGGAAAUUACGAGAGCACGUUCGCGAGCGUAGUGCAGGCGGCGUUUUGGACGAUGUCGAUGUAGCUGCGAAAGGGUCCGGCAUGGGCAGGAUGCCCGAACUGGGUCGUCCGUUUGAGUAG